AUGAAGUUGAUAACGGCGGGAAUUGUCUUUUUGACAGUGCUCAAAACUGUAGUAUGCCUGUCAGUUUCUUUACAGUCCGCUAGUGUUUCUGAGAGGUUUAAAAUAUGGACGAUUGCUCAACACCUAUUUCGAGGUGAUAAAAAAGGUAUCCUGGCAACAGUAUACCCACUAGUAAUGCAGUUGGAUGAGGACUUAGAGGAUACACCUGUUGCGAAUCUUUGUGAAGUGGUUAGUGCUCGUUUGUCCGAACUGGGGGAGCUAGACUUAGCCUCGUUGAUGCCGCUGUAUUGUCAAUGGUACCCAAUGGGACUUCCUUUUCCCAGUAGCUACGACCAUUUAAAGAGUGAAACAUAUUUUGUGUUGAAUAAUAAAAGGUAUGACCACUCUGACGAUGUAUUCUACUUGAAAUCUGGAGAGUUGAAGAAACAGGCCCAGAUGCCAGAUGAGGCAGUGGUGGCGGUUAACGACGUGAUCAUUGGCAAUAAUCCAGAGGCCCCUAUAGUGUAUUUCUAUGGAUGCCCAGAUGAUGACGAAGCCACUUUUGAAGAAUUCAACAGAAAUUUGUAUUCUGAAGCUACGGAGACCGGUAAACUGAGAUUUAUAUGGAGGUCUACCUGCCAUGUAAGGAAUGAUACAGAGAUUGGGCCCUUCCCAGUGGAACUGAGUAUUCGCGAUGGGAAAAGUAAUAUUGAUGUUUUACCGAUAGAUCAUCUAGGGGUUCCUCAUCAAUUUGACAAAUCGAAAUAUGGCCUAAUUAACCCUACAACGAAUCAGUUAAGCGAUCUUGAUCUAAAAGUGGCUCACUUAAUUGCACAGAAGUACAACUCCAGCAAAGACUUUAACUCUACGCUGGACUAUGCAAGAGGGAUUAUCAACAAUUUUCCGCUGUUGGUUCCUGAAUUAAUCACCAUGAAGAACAAUACAGAGGCUAUUAUGGACAGUAAUACAAAUCUGACCGAAUCUGGUGUGGAUCAUAAAUUGCUUGGACUUUUCAUCAACGGUGAAAAUUGGAGAUUCUCCUCACUUGACCAAUAUACAUUGCUUAAUGCCCUAGAAUCAGAGUAUCGCAGAUUGAAACAGCUAUUAUCGGGUCUGGUUAAAAUGUACUCAAAAUCAACUUUGGUAACUGCCAAAGAUCUCAUAACAAAGUUUUCACAAAUCUCUAUCCCCAAUUUACAGCAAUCGCAACCUAUCAAGGUAGAUCUGCAUAGAAUUUCCGGGUUCUCUGAAAGUGUCAUAUAUUUCAACGAUAUCGAAAUAGACGACCAGUACAGAGAACUCACAACUGAUAUUAACAAAUUCUUUGAAAAAUCUAAAUUUGGUGAAAUACCGGAAUAUAGACACAACUGGAACGAGUUGAUCUUCGUGAUCGAUUUCAACAAUUUGGAAGAUCCGGAUACUAAAUUAGCUCUAGAUGGUCUCAAACGUGCAAUUGGUGUUAUCACUCAAGGUUACCCCCAAAGAAUAGGAUUAUUGCCGCUCAACACCGGAGCUUCUGAUGACAUUAUUAGAAAAAUCUACGAAUUGAAAGACAGAGAUUUGUUGGAAUUAGAAGAUUUCUUGGGAAAUGAAUUAAUUAGAGGUCGUACAAUUUCCUCUGAUUAUACCAAUACACCAGGAGUUGCUAAACUUCUAAGAAACCUUCAAAUUAAUGAAACAUCGAUUAUUAUCAAUGGGGAAAUCUAUCCUUUCAGAAAAAACACUUGGCAUUAUUUAAUUGCUAAGACUAUCAAGAAAGAUGUAGGCUACUUAAAAAGAGAGUUGAGAAAGUACAUUAGGCACGAUGGCGAAAAGGCGCAACCGAUCAUAGACGUGAGAGGGGUUCUACAUAUGAAGUCUUCCGAAACUAGACAUAUGAAAUACACGCCGGAUUAUUUUGCAGAUUCUACUUACACUACGUUGGAUAACUCGGCUUUACAAGUAUGGGAUGAAAGAAUUUUAGAAUAUGUUAAAGGCAAGGAAUACAACCUGUUGCAUACUAUCACUCUUGUGGAUGACUUUAACACUUUACAGGCGUUAAAAAGGUUACACAAUUUAAUUGGAAUAAAGUUUGUUGGUGUUAAGUUCAGGAUAAUCCAUUCUGGAGCACUUGAAUCCAAUUGGAAGAUUUUAAAGAAGAUCUCAUCUAAACCAUCUUUCCUUAAAGAGUUGAAAUCGUUGAUCAAGAAAUCUGCUCGUGUAAUCUCCACCAAUGAGUUAAAUCGAAAUGUUCUACAAAGCUGGCUAGUCGACUUGAAACCUGAGUUUCUUUCCGCCAAGUCCUUUAUGCUAAUUAACGGAAGAUUUAUUCAUUUCGAGGAAAAUGAAAUCCCACAAAUCAAAUUGUUUGAAACAACUAUUAAAAGAGAAGCUCAACGAACCAUUGAUGCCUUGGAAGCAUUAGAAACAAUUCUACCUGGGGUAACAAGCAACAAAAUCGAUCCGGAAUUCAUGGAAAACAUUUCUGCAACUCUAACAAAAAUGUUCUAUCAGGGGACAGAGCUUUAUGGAAAUGGUCCAGUAUUCACGACCGAAAGCACGCUCUCAAGAUUUGACAUGUCUGAAAUUUUACAGGUAAACAAUUUUACCAUUUUUGAAAGCAGCAAUGACGGAGACAAACCUAUUGAUGUUGUUCUCGUCAUAGAUCCACUAGAGGAAAGGUCCCAAAGACUUCUUUCCCUAAUCACUGACAUACAACAGCUGCCUUUUCUCAAUGUAAAAAUUGUCAUUUACCCUACUGCAGAUCUCAAAUUUAUGCCUAUUGACAGAAUUUAUGUGCCCAAUUUCCCGGAUGAACUUGGCGGCAAAUUAACUGAUAUUGAAUCUAAAUUCGAUGUGGCAGUGGAGGUCCCGCGAAAUUUUGUGUUGAAUGAUAAUAAGAACGUUGGUGGAUACUUAGUUGAAGUUCAUGCCUUCGAUGAGAGACAGCCAGUAAGUGAAGGAAUAAUCGAUGGUUUGGGAAACGUAUGCCUAGAGCUAGUUGAUAGUACCGGAAAAUCCGUAGAUAAAACCGUUACUAUGAUGACAUUUGGAUAUGGUCAAUUUAUAGUUCCCAAACUAGGUUCCAAUUUCACAAUCAAGAGUUGUGAUCCUCGGUACAAGGUAGUUUCCUUCUCUUCAGAUGCUCGUGCCGAUUACAUGCCAAUGGAAUCUGUAAAUGUCACAAGUUUAAAUCCAGUGGUGACAUAUGUAAAAUUGCAAAAGGUAGAUGAAGUGGCCAAAAUUACAGUAGAAGAAAGUGUUAUCAAUAUUUUCACUAUUCCAAAAAACGAGCAUUCAUUUGAGCAGGAGUACCAAAAAAUGGUUUUGCACAUCCUACACAGCCCACAGCAUGGUUAUAUGGGCGUCAAAUUUUGGUUGUUAGAUCAGCCAUUUAUUUCUCAAUCCUUAAGAAAAUUUAUUGAUGUCAUCAAUUUAGAUCCAAAACUGGAUGGAAACAUCGAACUUGUGAAAUAUGAAUGGCCGCCAUGGUUAAGGCCUCAAAGGUUUUUGGAACGAAGAAUGGAUGCCUACAAAAUUCUAUUUCUCGACCUCUUAUUCCCACAAUCAGUUUCUCGAAUUAUCUACAUGGAUCCUUCAAUUUCCCAACUACCUGAUCCUUUCAAGUUAAACGAAAAGGUAAAGACCAAGUUACCCUUUGCAAUGUACAAAAUGGUCGGUCACGGCUACUGGGAAACUCAUUACUGGGCCCAACGUCUUGGCGAUCGAAAUUUGAAAUUCCAUUCUGUGCAUCCGGCAUUUGUGGUCAAUCUACAACAAUUGCGUGAAUAUAAUGGCGGUAACAAAUUAAGAAUUCAUUACCAAAGGUUAUCUGCAGACGUACUUUCCCUCGCAAAAAUUGAUCAGGAUCUAAUUAACGACGCUCAAGAAGAAGUACCAAUCCGCACCUUAAGCAGUUCUACAAUAGUAUUUCUGAAUACGAAGAACCAAAAUUCGGUUAACGCCUGGCUAACGAACUUUCAAAAACUAGCAGCUAAAGAGGAGACCGCUGGUUUCGCUACUGAUGAAAAUCCGGGGAUUAAACAAGAAGGUACUAGAGAAACAAUAGAUCUCAUGCACGAUGAGUUGUGA